ACCUGAGCCGCCAGUACCUGUCCCAUUGCCAAAAAGAGUGGAUGUAUAUAUUGGUGAUCCAGUUAAUAUAACCUGCGAGUUUAAGGGUAGUCCUAAGCCAAUGGUCACCUGGCUCAUUAAUGACAAGGUUGUCAGCCCAGCAUCGGAGUCCAUUAACAGACUAAUAAUACCCAGCGCAUCAACACGCAUGUACCUGCAAUGUAGGGGAGAGAACAAACAUGGAAGAAAAAAUACUGGUACAUGGUUGAUGGUCUCUCAGGACAGGCCAUAUUCUGCUCCAGUUUUUACUCAUGACCUUCCCAAACAGCUCAAGAUUGCUGAGGGAGGGCAGAUAAAUUUAACCUGUAAGGCUGAAGGCUACCCUGUCCCUACUGUACAGUGGUUUGAGAAUGGGGAUCCAGUAGGUGAGCCAGCUGAUUCAAUGAAGGAACUUGUGCUCACAGAUAUUGUUCAGCCAGUUGAUGCCAAAUGCAAAGCUCAGAAUCUAGGUGGUACAGUGGAAUUUAACACUGUAAUUGGCAUUAUUCCAAAAGAAGUUGGUGAGAAACCAAGAAUAACAUCCCGCUUUAGUCCAACUAGAAGAGUCACAAAAGGUACAGAUGCAUCCUUUGACUGCAUAGCAAAAGGCGAUCCUCUUCCUGAGGUCAGAUUGUUUAAGGAUGGGGUAGUGGUACCAACACAACGUACAGUUUUAGGUAGAAGUUACUUCGUCGAGAAAGCUGUUACAAGUGCCUUUACUGUGGUGUGUGAAGCAGUCAACAAGUUUGGGUUAGCUCAAACCUCUACAGAUGUUGUUAUUGAAGAGCCACCAGAACCUGAAAAAGCACCACAGUUUACUAGUGAUCAUAAACCAAAACUAGAAAUUUAUCCUGGUCAAACUGUCAAUGUCACCUGCACGGCUGUGGGUCACCCUGUCCCAACUGUCACAUGGUCUUUAGAUGGCAAAUCAAUUGGCACUCCAUCAAAAGGCACCAGCCAAUUGACCCUGUCCAACAUUAUAAAAGACUCUAUCCUAAUGUGUAGUGCCUCCAACUCUGUGGAUGUCAUAGACAGAGAGACAUCUAUCUUUGUUAUUGAAGAUGGAGAGAUGAAAAAACCAAAAAUCAUGCAAAAGUUACCUGAGAAAACAAAAUUGCAGCGAGGAAAAGAUGUAUCACUGACCUGUAGAGCCUUAGGAGAUCCAGUCCCUACUGUAUUAUGGUUCAAAGAUAAUAAAAAUGUCAUUACAAAUUAUGAAAAGCCUGGAUUCAAUUUCUAUAAGGAGCGUAAUAUUACAGAAUCUUUCACUCUGCGAUGUGAAGCUCUCAACAAAUUUGGAAAGGCAGAAACAUCAACACAAGUUGAAGUUGAAGAAAUACCACAAACACCUAUACCAGUUCAUCUCCCGAAACAAAUUCCAGCUGAAUUUGGUGAGAAAAUAAAUAUCACAUGUGAGUUCAAAGGUCACCCUAGACCAAUGGUGCAGUGGUUUAAUGAGACUGUACCUCUGGGACCUGGAGUGGAGUCCAAGAAUGAACUGGUCAUUGAAAGUGUUGAGAAAAAUUCUAAACUAAAGUGUAGAGGAGUAAACGACUAUGGUUAUGCUGAAACAAAUACCAAUCUAAUUGUAAGAAAAGGAAACUUACAAAAGCCAAAGCAUCAGCCAACGAGCACAGAGAUAGUUGUAGAGGAGGGUGAAAAUGUCUCAAUUCCCUGCCAGUUCUCUGGGUUCCCACCACCUGAUAUUGCCUGGUAUGCAAACACUGUCCAGUUAGGGCCUGCAGACAAAGUCAAGAACUUUCUCUUCAUUCCAAAGGCAGAGAGGAGUGCUGUACUGACCUGUGUUGGUCAGAACAAAGCAGGGAGUGUUAGUGUCCAGUACACACUUACCGUCCGACCAAAAGUCAAGCCAUAUGUUGUUACUCUCUUGGCGAAUGUCUCUGAGGCUACGGAGGCUGUAAAUCUGGAAAUAAGAUGGAGAGUAGAGAAAGGAAAUAUAAAUGCUAUCAGAAACUUCAGUUUGCAAUUAACAGACACAUUUGGCAAUGUUCUGAUGGGUAGAUUAAAACAGGAACCAAAUGCCAGAUAUUUUAAGAUUUUUCUAAAUCCAUCAAAUGGGAAUUUACCAACAAUUUUUGUCUUAAAUCUUCUCACCUACACUGACAAUGGAAUGGUGAGCAACGUGUCCAAAGAAAUUGACAUUACAAAGAAGGAUAAGCCAGCCAAAAAACCAGAACUAUGUGUUGAGCUCUUUGAAAUCAGGGAAACAACUGCAAAAAUUGAUGUUGUUACACAAGGAAUAGAAGCCAAUGAUUUCAGGAUUCAGGUGGAGUUGAUGAAUGAAAGCUCCGCCCCAGUGUACAUCCUCAAUUCUAGCACACCUUCCCCAGCUUCAUUUUCUAUCAGGAAUCUAAUCCCCCAAAGGUAUUUUAUUUUGACAGUGGAUGCAGUUGAUAGGGGGAAAAAACAAUUUUUAAAAGCCAUAAUCACUUUUAGAACACCAAAUAUUGGAGGGUAUGCACCUUCAGUUAAAGUCAUCACCAAUAAACUUGUGCCAUUAGAUAUUAUUGGAACCACCACAGUUCAACCGACAAAGUUGACUAAAAAAACUACAUCAUCAGUUGUUGACAAACAGACAACUCCAGUGACAUCAAAGGUGACAAGGUACACAACAACAGAUAAAACUAGCAUAACACGAUCUACAGUAACCAAAGAGAAAACUACUGACAAACCAGACACAGUCACUGAGCCAACAGAAAAAAUAGAUGAAGUCACCGAGCCAACAGAAAAAAUAGAUGAAGUCACCAAGCCAACAGAAAAAAUAGACGAAGUCACUGAGCCAACAGAAAAAAUAGACGUAGUCACUGAGCCAACAGAAAAAAUAGACGAAGUCACUGAGCCAACAGAAAAAAUAGAUGAAGUCACUGAGCCAACAGAAAAAAUAGAUGAAGUCACUGAGCCAACAGAAAAAAUAGAUGAAGUCACCGAGCCAACAGAAAAAAUAGAUGAAGUCACUGAGCCAACAGAUGAAGUCACCGAGCCAACAGAAAAAAUAGAUGAAGUCACCGAGCCAACAGAAAAAAUAGAUGAAGUCACUGAGCCAACAGAAAAAAUAGAUGAAGUCACCGAGCCAACAGAAAAAAUAGAUGAAGUCACUGAGCCAACAGAUGAAGUCACUGAGCCAACAGAAAAAAUAGAUGAAGUCACUGAGCCAACAGAUGAAGUCACCGAGCCAACAGAAAAAAUAGAUGAAGUCACCGAGCCAACAGAAAAAAUAGAUGAAGUCACGGAGCCAACAGAAAAAAUAGAUGAAGUCACCGAGCCAACAGAAAAAAUAGAUGAAGUCACCGAGCCAACAGAAAAAAUAGAUGAAGUCACUGAGCCAACAGAUGAAGUCACCGAGCCAACAGAAAAAAUAGAUGAAGUCACUGAGCCAACAGAAAAAAUAGAUGAAGUCACCGAGCCAACAGAAAAAAUAGAUGAAGCCACUGAGCCAACAGAUGAAGUCACUGAGCCAACAGAUGAAGCCACUGAGCCAACAGAUGAAGCCACUGAGCCAACAGAUGAAGCUUCUAACAUGACCCAGUCACAGACCACCACAGCUACCUCUGGCACUUCUAGCAUUGAAGCUGUUGACACAACGCUCACACCAGUUACAACUGAAACUACAUCAUCAUAUCUAGUGGAAAUAACAACAGAGGAAGAAGAAGACAAGACAUAUGAGCUUGAUGCUGAUGUCACUUACAAGAGUCAGACUGAGGCUAUUAUACGGUGGACCAUGCAGAAAGGCUACCUGGACCAGAUAGAUAGAUUUGUUGUGACAUUAACAUCAGCUACUGGAAAAACUUUGAUGGAGCAUGCAGUGGAUGCAAAUCAAAGAGUCCUGAAAGUCUCUGGUCUGACUCCCAGUAAAAACUACAGCGCUAAUGUGAAAGCUUAUGGCCCUGGUGGAGUUCUGGCUGAGGAUAAUGUUUGGGUGGGUACUGCAUCUUUCAAGCCAGAUCAAUCCAGUCCAUCAUUACUACUGGAGGUCAAUGAAGUUAGAGCCACAAAUGUACGUCUUAACUGGCAAAUGGAAGGAGUUGAACCCAGUGAAGUCAAGGAAUACAGGGUUGAAGUGUUUGAAAAAGGGCCUAUGGGUGAAAAUCUGGUUACAUCCAGUAAACCAGGAGAUGUUAACGAUGUUGUGUUGUUGCAGCUUUCCCCAAAACAGCAGUACUACGUGGUCUUAACGACAGUGGGGCAUGAUGGGAAGGAAAUAAUGAGCACAUCCGCCACAUUUAAUACACCCUCGACUAAGAAGUUUGGGGAGCCAGUGAGAUCUCGAAGCUCGGAGCGAUCAAAGUUUGGCCCUGGUGCUGUCAUCCCUGAAUACCCUAAAGAAAAGGAAACCCAUCUUGAAAUGACAUUGAAACCAGAUGGUCCAAGAAAGACAAAAAUAGCAUGGAAACCUGUGGGUAAAGAUGCUGACUCUGUCCACACUUACAGACUUUCUAUCUUAAACAGGGAUGGAGACACCCAUUCCAUUAAGACAUUACCAGCAAUCACUACUGAAUUGGUCAGUGAGGAUUUGGAAACUGACCAGCCUUAUAUUGUUAAACUGGAGGCAUUGAAUCAAGAUAAAGGUCUAAUUGCCAUCAAAUCAGUUUACUACUAUCCCAGCGAAAGUGCUGACACAUCACCAGACACCUUCACAUACAUACCUGAAGAAACUACAACUACUGCCACUUCUGAAAUGGUGGAAUCUCCUAUGUUGACCCUGGACAUCAGCCCUGAGGGAAACAAUGAAACCAAACUAGACUGGCGGAUGGUGGGAGAGAGCAGAUCUCGACCUGUUGGCACAUACAGCUUGAAGGUGAAUGAGGCAGAUUCCCACAAGGAAGUCCUGCCCCCCACAGUCUACCCUAGCAACAUCAAGACAGUUUAUCUCAACCCACUCAAACUAAAUGUGGGUUAUUUAAUAACACUUGAAGCCUUGGACAUUCAUGAUGACAUAAUUGAUUACGUCACUUCACGUUAUGUUGCAUCUCGGCAGUUAGUGCCACAUACAAUCAGAAAAACUUCCUAUCACAAGCCACCAACAUUUCCUGAAAUAACAGGUAUAGAUCCACCAAAGCUUAGGCUGACCAUCAUUCCUGAAAAAAAUGGCUAUUCGUAUAUGCAAUGGAUAUCAGCAGAAGACAUAAACCGUCCAGUGAAUGCAUUUUUACUGAAAGUUGCUGAUAAUAAAACCAAUGAAUUGAUUGUCAAACCAAAUAAGUUACCCCCAACUGUCAAGAGUUAUAUCCUGAGAGGACUAAAGCCACAUAGCAUAUACUUUGUUGCUUUGGAGUCACUGGACAUUCUAGAUGCUGCUAUAGACAGGCUUUACUACCGAUAUACAUACAAUCCUACCUCCGAUGAAACCCAGACAGAUUAUGUUGGUCAUACAACUGUUAAAAUAGCUAGGUUUAAAACAACAGUGCCUGCCUUUAAAAGACCAAGGCCAACAGAACCAGCUAUUGCAACUAGACCAACAGUGCCCAUUGUUGUUAGAACUAAACCAACUAUUCCUGUCAUAACAACUAGAAAGACAGUACCUGUUGUAACCACUAGAAAGACAGCAUCUGUUCUAACAACUAGAAAGACAGCACCUGUUCUAACAACUAGAAAGACAGCACCUGUUCUAACAACUAGAAAGACAGCACCUGUUCCAACAACUAGAAAGACAGCGCCUGUUCCAACAACUAGAAAGACAGCACCUGUUCCAACAACUAGAAAGACAGCACCUGUUCCAACAACUAGAAAGACAGCACCAGUUGUAAGAACUAUUCCAACUUUACCUACAAUUGUAAAUCCUAGAGGAACUCGGCCCACAACUAUUAAAACUACAGCAGGUUUAAGAACUAAACCAGCUUUGCCUACUACCAUUAGACCUAAACCAGCUUUGCCUACUACCAUUAGACCUAAACCAGCUUUGCCAUCUGGCAUAAGUAGUAUGGUAGCUAAGAUACUUACAACUCUCAGAACUACAAUUCCUACAACUACAACAGUUUCUACUAAAUCAACUGUACCCACAUUGGCAAAAGUAACUCCACCGUUACCCACCAAAUUACCAUCACUUGUACCCAUAUUGUCUGGAACAACAGUCUCCACUGUUGAAAUCAAGUCACCUGUCCCAACUUUGUCUAGUAUAGAAUCAUCAACUGCAACUAGUCACACUGCACCUGGACAAGGUGAAAUGCCAGUACUGGUUCUUUACGUCUCACAAAACAGUGAUGGUGAGACUGAGUUUUCCUGGAAUCUCACAGGUGCCAAGCACAGGCCAGCUAAAUCAUACAGUUUGAGAAUACAAGACUCAGAAACCAAGGCAGAAAUUUAUACUCAUCCAAAGAUAGAUGAUAAUGCAACCCUAUUUCGAGGGUUGCAGGAAAAUGGGGGCAUUUUAAUCACACUCGAAGCAGUGGAUGAUGCUGGUGAAAUCAUUGACAAGGUCCAUGCCCAUUUUGUUGUGCCUCCAUAUGGUGUAACAAAAAACCCAAUCACAUUCAAAUCUGCUGGAAUGAAAAUUGCAACUGACACAGUUACUGAGGCGGUUGUCACAACUGACCUAGUUACUGAAGCUGAGCCAGAUGUGACAGUUACUGAUGCUAUGCUGACAACAGAAACACCAAGUGGAGAGGAAGAGCUGCCACACCUAGAACUACAAAUACAACCAAGCAAGGAAGGCGGUGCAUCUCUAAAUUGGACGUUGAGUGGGGUCAGCCGAAACAGACCAGUAGAUCAGUAUCUCCUUAAGGUCACUCGAGGUGAAGCAGAAACACUAUGGAAGUUUGAACAACUCCCAGGAGAUACAACUGAAUUUAAAAUAGCAGAACUGGUAGAAAAUGAAAAAUACAUUAUCACACUUGAUGCAGUAGACAGUAAAGGAGCUAUAAUAGAGUAUGUAAAAACAGAACUGCUCCGGACGCUAGGACCAUCCAUUCAGGCAAUGUUGGUAUCAUCAUCGUUUAGGCGCAUGGUAACUAAACCAACCCCUGUACCAAUGCAAGUGGAUGAGAAACCAGUGCUGAAACUAACAGUAACCCCAUGGGCUACUGGUAAUAUAAAUCUGGAAUGGACACUGGAAAACAAUAACAUAUCUGUACAAACAUAUUUCUUGGAAAUCAAUGAAGAUAAUGCUAAUAAAAGUGAAUUUUAUUCACAAUCAUUUAGUGGAAAAACAUCAAAGUCUAAAAUAAAGGGAUUGAAACAAGAUGGGAAAUACAUUGCCACACUGAGAGCUGUUGCAGAUUUGGGAAGAACAAUUGAGUAUGUGACAGUUGGAUUUGUGAUGCCAUCUGCUGGUGAAGAAGGCAAACCUGUUACAGAAUCUUCAGACAACCGACAGAUGAUGACUAAAAGUCCUACCAGCGGCACGGUGACUGCAACAGCAGCAGUUGAUGAGAAACCAGUGCUUGAACUAACAGUAGCGCCAGGGUCCACUGGUAAUGUAGAUCUGGAAUGGACAUUAAAAAACAACAACAGACCUGUCAAAACAUAUUCACUCAUAUUUCAUGAUGCUGAUAAGUACAUAGUCCGUUCAGACAUUCUAAGUGGGAACAUGUCAAAAGUGGAGCUUAAUGGAUUUACAAAUAAUAAACAAUACCAGGUGAGACUUGAAGCAUUAGAUGAGAAUGAUGGUCUUAUUGAGUAUGUGACAGCUAGAUUUGUGAUGCCACCAAGUGGUGAAGAGGGGGAACCUGUCAUAGAAUCUUCAGACUAUAGAGGAGAUUCUACUGGAGACAUGAUCACAACUGUGGCACCCAAAGUUGAAGAGAAAGCAGAAUUGGAACUGACAAUCAAACCUGAGCAAGCUGACAAUGUUGAUAUUACAUGGGAGUUUAAGCCAAAGAAUACCAACAUUGCUGUAAACAAAUAUAAUUUGACAAUAGCAAGUGAUGACUCAAAACAAAGUUUAGCUCUUUCAAAUGUUCAAAUGAGAGAAUCGUCAAACACACAAUUAACUGGAUUUCAGGAAAACAAAGAGUAUGUUGUAACAGUGAAAGCCCUGGAUGAGAAUGAUGAAGUCAUUCAGUUUGUCACUGCUAGAGUUUUCACCCCACCAUUUGAUGAAGAAGCAGAACCUGUCAUUGAUUCUUCUGAUAACAGACAAGGGUCUACAAUAGACAACUUGGAUGAGGAUGCAGAAAUGGAAAUUGUAUUAGCUCCAGGUAAAAAUGGCUCAAUGGCAUUAGAUUGGACUCUACAGAAUAGCAUCAAGAGGCCUGUUCACAGAUUUAAUUUAACUAUAACACAUGCUGACCCAGGUCAAACAUUGUUUUAUGCCAACUCUGCUUCUAAAAUGUUGUCCAGCUUUAAAGUGAAAGGACUGCAUGAGAACAUGCGUUACCUGGCCAUGUUAAAAGCUUUUGAUGACAAAGAAGAAUUGAUUGAAUAUGUGAAUGCUAAGUUUGUGGUACCACAAAAAGGACAAGAGGGGACCACUGUUGUUGAAAAUUCUGCAAACAGAUUGAAAUUAGGAGUGAAUGAGAAACCAGUGCUUGAACUAACAGUAACCCCAGGGUCCAUUGGUAAUGCAGAUCUGAAAUGGACGCUAGAAAACAGCAAUAACAGACCUGUCCAAAAAUAUUUUAUAAAAUUUGAAGAUGCUAGUAAAGAGCACCAGUUUUCCAAAACUCUAAAUGGAAAAAUAUCAGAAGAAAAGAUAACCGGAUUGAUAAAUAACAAACAAUACCAGGUGAGACUUGAAGCAUUAGAUGAGAAUGAUGGUCUUAUUGAGUAUGUGACAGCUAGAUUUGUGAUGCCACCAAGUGGUGAAGAGGGGGAACCUGUCAUAGAAUCUUCAGACUAUAGAGUAGCUUCUACUGAAGACAUGAUCACAACUAUGGCACCCACAGUUGAAGAGAAAGCAGAAUUGGAACUGACAAUCAAACCUGAGCAAGCUGACAAUGUUGAUAUUACAUGGGAGUUUAAGCCAAAGAAUACCAACAUUGCUGUAAACAAAUAUAAUUUGACAAUAGCAAGUGAUGACUCAAAACAAAGUUUAGUUCUUUCAAAUGUUCAAAUGAGAGAAUCGUCAAACACACAAUUAACUGGAUUUCAGGAAAACAAAGAGUAUGUUGUAACAGUGAAAGCCCUGGAUGAGAAUGAUGAAGUCCUUCAGUUUGUCACUGCUAGAGUUUUCACCCCACCAUUUGAUGAAGAAGCAGAACCUGUCAUUGAUUCUUCUGAUUACAGACAAGGGUCUACAAUAGACAACUUGGAUGAGGAUGCAGAAAUGGAAAUUGUAUUAGCUCCAGGAAAAAAUGGUUCAAUGGCGUUAGAUUGGACUCUACAGAAUAGCAUCAAGAGGCCUGUUCACAGAUAUAAUUUAACUAUAACACAUGCUGACCCAGGUCAAACAUUGUUUUAUGCCAACUCUGCUUCUAAAAUGUUGUCCAGCUUUAAAGUGAAAGGACUGCAUGAGAACAUGCGUUACCUGGCCACAUUAAAAGCUUUUGAUGACAAAGAAGAAUUGAUUGAAUAUGUGAAUGCUAAGUUUGUGGUACCACAAAAAGGACAAGAGGGGACCACUGUUGUUGAAAAUUCUGCAAACAGAUUGAAAUUAGGAGAUGAGAAACCAGUACUGGAACUAAGAGUUACCCCGGGAGCCUCGAGCGAAGUAGAUAUCAACUGGGGUAUUGAAAACAACACAUUAAGACCAGUUGAUAAAUAUAAAGUAACCAUCACCCAUGAUGAUGCUAGUAAAACAACAUUGGAAUCAUCCACUCUAGAUGGCAACCAGUUCAGUUACCAAACAACUGGUCUCAACCAUAACUAUCCCUACAUAGUAAAGUUGGAAGCUUUGGAUGCCCGGGGUAGACUUAUAGAGUAUGUGACAGCUAGGUUUGUGAUGCCACCCUCUGGUGAACAAGGGGAACCUAUCUUAGAGUCUUCAGAUAGGAGACAAGCUUAAGGGAUGGAGCUAAGGCAAGUAGCUGUCUAACAGUAUCAAUUUGAGCUGUCCCAAGUCAGGGCUGUCCUAGAGAAAAAUGUGGAAGUAGUUGACUGCAGUAUGAUCAAGCACUGUUAUCAUUUGAAUGCCUACCACAAUUAGCUUGUCUGUGAAAGGUCUGCUUGUAUAAGGUGUGUGUCCAUUGGUUUGUGUAUGAAUGUUGGUGUGUUUCUUAUGGUUGACUGACAGUUUUAUACCAAGACCAACAUACAAGGUCUCUGUAUUCAUGAUAUUUUAUGUAUAUCUUACUGGAAAUUAUUCUAAUAAAAUAAA